ACAAUAUAAAAUAGUGAUUGGUGUUAUAAUUAUUGAUAGUGUUGUUUGUUCCUGAAUAGUGAUGAUCUUAAAAUCAGAUGUGGGAAAUUUGUUAAAACAAUGGCUGCAACGGAUGGUCAAAUUGUGAUUGCGGCAGCACGAUGGUGCGAAGAAGGUCACUAUCUACGUGAAUUUAUAACAAAACAUCAACUACCCGCAGUGGUAAAAAUAAUCAAAGGGCAGUAUAGUGGAUUAGGUGUACCAUCUUUACCAAAUCCUGGAUUACAAUCAACAGCGUUAUUGGUGACAGCUGGUAUGACCAGAAAAUUAGUUGCACAAGCUGUAAAAUUAAAAGAAGGUCGCCGUCUAAUACCAGUUGGACCACGCUUAGCAAUUCCAGAAACAUAUUCAGGAUAUUUUGAAUUGUUAAGCGAAGAAGGUCGUGCAGUGAGGUGUAUUGAAAGUGUUGCAGAAUUAGCUCGUCGUAGACCCGAACAUGGUUGCUUAGUUCGAGAGCCAGUACGUGCCGUUAUGGUGAAACCUGAGUCAAUUGAUUCGACACUACCAAUUGCCGAAGGUGCACGAACAAUAUCACCAGGAGAAAUUUUAGUGCCAUGUGGUGAAUCCGGUUUAACAGGUUCACGUGGAAAAUAUUUACGUUGUGUCGAUUCACAUGGUGAUAAUUUGUUACUUCCAAUCGAGCAACGUGCAAAAUUUUCAGCCCUUGCGCGAGAAGAUAAUAUCAGUGGUGUACAUACGGCAAAAAAUUUACUGUGUAAACGUUUACCACUAACUGUACGCUUAGUUCAUGGCAGUGCACCUCGUGGCCUUAAAACUCCAAGUCAAUUUUUACCAGAAUUACGUUUAUUAGCUGCCUGUGAAGAGGAGCAUAUAUUUGCUCUACCAUUACAAAAAGAAUCAAUUGGAUUAGUGGCAUUACCAUUAGCGGCGCCAUUAAAAUUAUUACGAACUCGUAAUGAAGAACAGUUGAAAAACUUACCAGAAUUUCGAAGGCUCGUUGAUCGAACAACCAAACUAUUGACUGACGUACGCGAUAGAGUACAUGUUUUAGAAGGUCGUUUAGCAGCUGUUCCACGAAGUGGUUAUUGGUUACGUCGUAGUGCUUCAUCCGAUUCCGCUGUUCAUAAACAAUAUUCAUCAUCUUCUUCAUCAGCUUCUUCGCGUAGGCGUGAUGAAAAUAAAGCACCACCGGUUAUUUCACGUUUAGCACCAGAAUAUGAUGAAAUUGAUCAAAUAUAUGAUUAUGUUCGUGGAUUUGCACCUUUACCAAAAAGUGUAUUGGAACCUGUAGUCACAUGUCACAUAUCAUCUACGCCAUCUUCACCGAAAUUAGAUAUGAGACCAGAGCCACCGCCAAUUGAAACAAUACCAACAAAAAAACAAUCGGCGUCGAUAAAACGUACUCGACGCACCGUUGAAACCACCAAUAUUAUUGAACAUAAGGAGAAAGUUGUAGGCUUACCAAAAUUAUAUAUAAAAAAUGGUAGUGCACAAAAGACAAGAUUAUUACGCCAAAAAAGUGCAUCACCAAUGAAAGAAGGUCCACCAAGUCCAGCUUCAAAGUUAGGCUCACCAUUAUUUAAUAUUAGGUAUAAAUCAUUAACAAAUUUACAGCAAGCAAUGGAAUUGGAUGCAUUACAUGCUGGAAUUAUUAAUGGUGGUACUUUAGAUUCAAGUCAUUCUGGCGGACGUACCUCGGGUGAUUCUGCAGGUGCUAAAUUACCUGAAAAACGGUCACGUAAACUUUCACGUCCUAGAAGUUUAACAAAUUUAGUUUGGGGCAAACCACCAACGGAACAUCAUCAUCAUCCUCAACCGCCACCAAAGAGUAAACCUGAGGUUACACCUAUACAUCGAAAAUCAUCGAAUAAAUUAACAAUUGGUGGGCAUAGAAGGGCAGGAACUUUGUAUCUUUAAGUAUAUUAUAUAUUUCACGUUAAGUCAGAACAGAAAUUUAAGUGAAGUACACAUUAAUCAAUUGAAGAUCUCGUUUAAAUAAAAUAAUAUUUUGGUAGGAUAUUUUAUAAUAAAAAGU